CCCGUCGGGUCACUGUCCUCGGCGAGACUGCGCAUUGUAGCUUUUACGCUUUCAUACAAUUUUCUCUCUCUACCCUCCGCUUAGGUUUUAAUCUCUCCAUUCCAUCGCCGCUCCGCCGCCGUUCACCGCUUCAGAGUUCGUCAGACGUAGCUGUGCUAGCAGUUACUCUUCGCCUGAAAAACUGACCGAGAUAGACGAAUUUCUGGGUUCGCAGCUGGAUUUAACCUAGAGUAACCGGAGCUAGUAGAAAGAUGAGUAUAGUACCGAAAGAGACAAUAGAAGUGAUAUCACAAAGUAUAGGUGUAAGCAAUUUAUCACCAGAUGUCUUGCCUGCUCUGGCCGUCGAUGUCGAAUACCGUAUUCGAGAGAUUAUGCAGGAAGCUAUUAAAUGUAUGCAUCAUUCGAAGAGAACUACGUUAUCUACUGAUGAUGUGGAUGCUGCACUUAGCUUGAGAGGUGUAGAGCCAAUAUAUGGCUUUGCUUCAGGAGAUCCGUUAAGGUUCAGGAGAGCAGCUGGACAUAAGGAUUUGUUCUACAUUGAAGAGAAGGAUGUAGAAUUCAAAGAUGUGAUCGAAGCUCCUUUGCCGAAAGCACCGCUAGAUGCUGCUGUUGUUGCCCAUUGGUUAGCUAUAGAAGGAGUACAACCUGCUAUUCCUGAAAACCCUCUGCCUGAAGUCUUAGCUAUGCCGUCUGAUAAUAGAAAUGCCGAGUAUAAGGAGGAUGGAGUUCCUGUUGAUAUUAAAGUACCUGUUAAGCAUGUCCUAUCGCGUGAGCUUCAGCUCUAUUAUGAAAAAAUUAAAGAGCUUACAGUGAAUAGAUCUAAUCCCUUUCUCUUUAAAGAAGCUCUACAAAGCUUAGCAACAGACUCAGGGAUUCAUCCAGUAGUACCUUACUUUACAUAUUUUGUAUCUGAUGAGGUUUCUCGGAAUUUGAACAAUUUUCCUCUCCUUUUCGCUUUGAUGCGACUACUCUGGAGCCUUCUCCAGAAUAAGCAAGUACAUAUUGAACCAUAUCUGCACCAGUUGAUGCCUUCUAUAAUGACAUGCCUUGUUGCAAGAAGGUUGGGAAACAGAUUAUCUGACAAUCAUUGGGAACUUAGGGACUUCUCAGCUACGUUGAUUGCUUUAAUAUGCAAGAGAUAUGGUCGUGUGUACCACAAUCUCCAGUCACGUGUCACCAGUACUUUGCUGCAUGCUUUUCUGGAUCCAACUAAAGCGCUGCCACAACAUUAUGGAGCAAUUCAAGGGCUCGCAGCUCUUGGACCUGGUGUGGUUCGCCUACUUGUGCUGCCAAAUCUUGAGGCUUAUUUGCAAUUACUGGAACCCGAAAUGCAGCCCGAGAAGCAAAAAAAUGAAAUGAAGAGGUUUGAAGCUUGGCGUGUGUAUGGAGCCUUGAUGUGUGCUGCUGGUUUAUGCAUCUACGAGCGCUUCAAGUUGCUUCCAGCUUCACUAUCUCCAUCCACUCGCACAUUCUUGAAGAGUAAAUGGAAAGUCUCAACUACAUUGUCGUCGGGCAAACGGAAAGCAAGCUUGGACAACAUGAUGACCCAGCCUCCACCCAAGAGAUUAAUGACAGAUGGUCCAAUUAGUUCAAUGACGGCAAAUUCUCUGCCAGUAAGCACACAAGGACCAGCUGUUGGAUAUGCUGUAACCCCUAGGGUUACAGAAACUGGUGUAUCUUCAGCAUCACAUGGUUUGCAGCAAAACGAGAAUACGCUGAGGACCAAUGGUAGAAGGGAUAUGACUACUAGUCAAGGUCAAAAAACAUCGGUUCCUCUUGAUCAGGCCUGGAAGGAAGAUCUGGAUGCCGUACGGUUGUUGCCAUCUCUGUUUGAAUGUUUUGGUGAAAGGAUGUUUUCUUUUAUCCCUUCACCUGAGUUGUCUUUCUUUUUGUGAUCCUUGUGGAUGGGGGACAGUGGGAAUGAAUAUCAACUGCAUUCAUUCGCCUUUUUGGGUACAUUACUAUUUAUGUAUUAUAUGUUGCAUCUUCUCCUUGAGAUGCAUCAAGUGUGUUGUUGAAAUAGAUAGUAUGCUUUAUCAUAACUGUCGUAACUUCUAUUUUUGGGCGUUUUGGCGUCUUGAAACACAAAUUCAUGAUUAUUGCAGCCUCAUUAGUACAUGAUUUUUUUGAAAAA